GCUAGAGGCACACAUGUCCCGCAAGUCAUCUGGUCUACCGGAAUAAAACGAACGAAGAAGAAGGCUUGCAGACCGAACGGCACAGGGAUGCAGCGAGACAAAACAAGCAACGCCGGUGGGGCUGAAAAGCCCGACCGGGAGGCCGCCAUAAUGUCGAAAUACUACGAUGGAGUUGAAUUUCCUUUCUGUGACGAGUUCUCCAAAUAUGAAAAAAUGGCAAAAAUUGGGCAAGGAACCUUUGGGGAGGUGUUCAAAGCAAAGCACAGACAGACCGGGAAGAAGGUCGCACUGAAGAAAGUUUUGAUGGAAAAUGAGAAAGAAGGGUUCCCAAUCACAGCUCUGAGAGAGAUCAAGAUCCUACAGCUACUCAAACAUGAAAAUGUGGUCAAUCUGAUCGAGAUCUGCAGAACCAAAGCUACUCAGUUCAACAGAUACAAAGGCAGCAUCUACCUGGUGUUUGACUUCUGUGAGCAUGACCUGGCUGGGCUGCUUAGCAAUGCCAAUGUGAAGUUCACCCUGGCAGAGAUCAAGAAGGUCAUGCAGAUGCUGCUCAAUGGCUUGUACUACAUCCACAGAAACAAGAUCCUUCACAGAGAUAUGAAGGCAGCCAACGUGCUCAUCACUAGAGACGGUGUCCUGAAGCUGGCUGACUUUGGUCUGGCUCGAGCCUUUAGCCUGGCUAAAAACAGCCAGGGGAACCGCUACACUAACCGUGUGGUCACACUGUGGUACAGACCUCCAGAGCUGCUGCUAGGUGAGCGGGACUACGGCCCCCCCAUUGACCUGUGGGGAGCAGGCUGCAUAAUGGCAGAGAUGUGGACAAGAAGUCCCAUAAUGCAAGGCAACACGGAGCAGCAUCAGCUCACUCUCAUCAGCCAGCUGUGUGGCUCCAUCACUGCCGAGGUGUGGCCUGGCGUGGAUAAGAAGUAUGAGCUUUACCAGAAAAUGGAGCUACCCAAAGGCCAAAAGAGGAAAGUAAAGGAUCGUCUUAAAGCCUAUGUCAAAGACCCGUACGCCCUCGAUCUGAUAGAUAAACUCUUGGUCCUGGACCCAGCACAGCGCAUUGACAGCGACGACGCGCUCAACCACGACUUCUUCUGGUCCGACCCCAUGCCGUCAGACCUGAAGAACAUGCUCUCCACUCACAACACCUCCAUGUUUGAAUAUCUGGCCCCGCCCAGACGGAGAGGCCACAUGCCGCAGCAGCCGCCCAAUCAGAACAGAAACCCAGCCACUACCAGUCAGACUGAGUUUGAUCGAGUGUUUUAGUGGUUCGAGAAGUUUAUGGACAUGUUUGCCUAGUUGGACUUUUUUAUUUAGCCAGCCAACCUGUCUUAUAUUGAGGAAAGCUACACAUCCCUUUUUUGGUUAAUGUUUGGCAGACAUUACCUGGAGGUCUAUACAGUUUCUUCUCUGAGUUUAUGGCAGGGGAAACACGUUGUUUGGGUUGAUCAGGGACA